CAUCGAUUUACCAAGCUCCGAGGAAAUGACUCAAGGAAAGACAAUGCUCGCAGAUCUGCGCAGCUUGAAUGCCAUGGAACCUCGUAUUGAGCCGGAGAUUAUAUUUGGCCUUAAAGGCGUUCCUCAACCGGAAAUGAAUGAUAUCGACAUCCUGUCUUGUAUCGAGUGGAUUGCUCAUGGCUUCGAGAUAGUUGCCUCAGUCUACCCGCACUGGAAAUUUACUGCAGCAGACACUACUGCGGCAUUUGCGCUACAUGGUCUUCUGCUUGUUGGGCCCCGGAAAAUGCUUCGAGGCAACGCAGACGCAACAUUACUGCAAAGUCUUCAAGAUUUUGAGGUCCGCCUAUAUCAUUAUGGAAAGGAGCUAGACAGCGGCUAUGGGCACAAUGUGCUCGGCAGUCCAGUAAAAGCCUUGAGGCAUUUAACUGAGCUUCUGGCGAAAGAUGAGUACAGCAAGCCAUUGGAAGCCGGUGAGAUUAUCACGACAGGUACAUUGACAAGAGCUUUUCCGAUCCAAAAUGGAGAGCAUUGGAGUACAAAGCUCAAAGGCAUAGACCUGCCGGGCUUGGACCUACGCUUUCGCACGGAAUGAGACUAGAUCAGUGCGGAGCUAGAUUGCAUGGAAGUUGCAAGAAGUUUUGCAGGUGUCUGUAUAUCAGCAACUCGCGCUGAUUGGCUCGACCCACUUUUACCCCUGUCCUACCCCCAACCUCGAGUUGCUAGCAACUCCCCUAAUGAAUUUGGUUGAAAUAUG